CCCAAACCACACUCUCCUCCUCCUCUUUUCAGCUUAUAUAAAAUAUAGAGUCAGGGUAUAUCUGCGUUAAUACUAUUCUGUCCACAUCAUCCUCCUCAUCAUCAUCAUCAUCAUCAUCAGCAGUCAUGUUCUCUCGUUCUCUCCUGCUGGUUCUGCUGGGUCUCGCCUGCCUUCAGUCCUUCACAACAGCCCAGAAUGGAAAUGGACCAGCACGAUGCUGUUUCAGCUUCCAGAAACCCGAGAAUAAAAUCCCUAUAAGAGUCAUUACAGCGUAUGAAGUAACAGACCUUCAGUGUGCAAAACCUGGAGUCAUCUUUACUCUAAAGAGCGGCCGUGAGGUGUGUGCAGACACCAGCGUCGAGUGGGUGCAGAAACUCAUGAAAACAAUUGACCAGCGCUCGACCCAUCCUCAAACAACUGAUUAAAUCCUCUCUCCUUUAAUAAACUAUUCAUUUUAUUUGUUUUGUUUUAUUGUUGUUUUUUUUUCCAAAGAGCACUUUUUAUGUAUUUAGACAGAGGGAAUAAAGCUUCUUACUCUAUAUCCUAUUUACACAAGCUUUUGUUUGAAUUAGUCUAACAUUGUUUAACUGAAUAAAACUAUAGGCUGUGAGGAUGAAUGAAUUAUAUUUUUAUACAUAUUAAAGGACAUUUUAAACUGCA